AAGACAGUUACGAACUUGCUAGAGCAGAAGACUUCGUCUGCUACUCGCUCCCCUUACGUUCCUAAUGGAAAAUCCGGUUUCGCAGACUCCGGCAUCUCACCACAUGUAUCGAGCUCAAACGUUGUCGCUAAGCAAGGUCGGGAAACUGCGGCGGACCCUUCAUCUAAGGCUUCAAACAUGACACCGGUUCGAUUCCGCCCUCUUGUUCCUCGCCUCCGACAUGGAUCUAGACCAUCAGACCCUGACGUACACGCAGGCUCAGAGCAUAAAAUGACUAUCGACCAUCUGUUAUAUCUCGACUUCAGCUCAGCCCAGCCUUUGCCUCCGCCUAGUUCCUUCUCUCCUAUCUCUAUUCCACCAUCCUUGUUACAAAGGAAGCGUGUUAACGCUUGGUCUGUCAUUCUCAGUGGGCUAUCGGACGGGGAUCGCAAAGCAUGUGCGCUCGUCUCGCGGGAAGUUCGUUAUGCAGGUUCGUAAGUUCACGUCUUCCAUACUGCUGAAUUGAGCAUCUUUUCCCAGUUUACCUUUCGGCUGUUCCGAUCAUUAUGAGGGAAUUUGGUUCUCGGCGACUUGAUCAGCUCUCCAACCGAUACAGCAUGUCAAUGACGAACUUUUGGCCAUACCUAAACCAGUUUCGACGCGACCUACUUCACAAGAGACGAGCCUGUGAAGCGUCCCUCCUCGGAAAAUUCUUUGAUGGCUUCAUACCUAUAAGUAGCGAGAUCUGGGGUUGCCCUGAAAAUGACAAACAGCUUACUAUGGCUCUAAGAUUCUUACUGGCCCGUAUCUGGUUUAUUAUCAUGCUCGAUGAACUUGACCGCGAUAAAGCGAAGAACUCGAUUGUCGUUGGAGCUCAGGAAGUUGUCAAGGACGAGAUCUGGAGCAUUUCACUUGCUACACGCAGGAAGUCAUGCCCGAACGGCUUUAUUCAAACAUUCUAUGUGCUUGAGUCUACCUGUGAAGUCAUCGGCCUCCCACCGGUUUCUGGAAUUCAGCCCUCUUGUGAAUCAGAUGAGUCUGGACUAUGGCAGUGUCAGAAACGUCAUCUUCGCGGCGACUGGUCCGAUUAUGUGGAGAACUGUAUCUCAAAUGUCGACUGUCCUCCUUUACUAAAUUACAUAAAGUGGACAAACGCCGAAGAGUACAAGAAGGGGAUAAGCAAACUUUGGCUUUCGAAAAUCGCUAAGGAAGGAGCCAUCGGUGCGUAUAAGAAGAGGGUUGCCGAACGGUAUGUGUUGGCUUGCGUGGUGGGAAACAGUAUCAGCGGACAAUGGAUGUCAUCCAGUCUUAUGGCUCAGGUAUUUGCAGGCACGGCAUCAGGAGUAGAGCCAGGGCCGACGUCUCUUCUGCGCAAGAGAGAAGCACAAAAGGUUAACCUGUUUCUCCCAGAACAUCACUUAGUUGAAAGCGUUCAUUUCACGACGAGUGGACCGAAGCCGCGAUACCUGCACCGCGCCCUCGCGGUCGUCCAGACACCGAGAAGGGAAUAUUUCAUUUUGAAGGACAACGGGAUGGAGGUCGGGUGUGAAGAAGAUGGUGUUUGGCCGGCCUGGAUGGAGCUUCUAGGCUGCAAUGCGCGUGGUAUCGCGUGUUCUUGAUCAUCUCAAGUAUCAAUGGCACUUCUUAUGACGUGCUCACUCAGAGCAGUCCGGGGCGUCUUACCCUUUUCGUGUAGGAACUGGACGUUCGCUGUGAUCUGUCAACUGCUUUUGGGACUCUCGUCUUAUCCUUCGGAUCUUCGCUGCGGUGUUACAGCGAGUAGAAGGUUCCUUUCUUGUUGCGUGCCAUGUUCUCUUGACAUCGUGGGCCUGAACGAACGCCAUUAUCCUGGUACAUGUCAUGUCUACGCACUGGAUCAAUAAUAACAAUUUGCUCCGGGAUGCUUGAUCUCGCCCAGGCUCCACUUUCCCAAUUCUUAUGAACGAGUCCAGAUCGUCCCAGUCGUUAACUC